AUGACGGUGGAGGGGGUCCGACACUCCCCCAUCCUGUCCGCCUUGUUUAGAGGAGCAGAAGACCCGGAGCUGCUGGGAGGCUCCGAGCUCAUUAAAGAACGUCUGUACUUCGCGACGCUACGCAGCAAACCGAAGAGCACGCCCAACACUCACUACUUCUGCACCGACGACGAGUUCCUCUACGAGAACUUCUACGCAGACUUCGGUCCUCUGAACUUGGCGAUGCUCUACAGAUACUGCUGCAAGCUCAACAAGAAGCUGAAGUCGUUCACUCUGACCAGGAAGCGGAUCGUUCACUACGCCAGCUUCGACCAGAAGAAGAGAUCCAACGCCGCCGUGCUGAUUGGAGGAUACGCCGUGAUCUACUUGAAGAAGACUCCAGAGGAAGCUUACAGAGCUCUGAUCUCUGGAUCCAACGCGUCCUACCUUCCUUUCAGGGACGCCUCCUUUGGUAGUUGUACCUAUAACCUCACGGUGCUGGAUUGUCUGCAGGGAAUCAGGAAGGCUCUGCAGCACGGCUUCUUCAACUUUGAGACCUUCGACGUGGACGAGUACGAACACUACGAGCGGGUUGAGAACGGAGACCUGAACUGGAUCGUCCCGGGGAAGUUUGUGGCCUUCAGUGGACCUCAUCCCAAAACUAAGAUAGAGAACGGUUACCCCCUCCACGCCCCGGAGGCGUACUUCCCUUACUUCAGGAAGCACAACGUGACCACGGUCGUCCGUCUCAAUAAGAAAAUCUACGACUCCAAACGCUUCACGGACGCCGGCUUCGACCACUACGACCUUUUCUUCUUAGACGGCAGCACGCCCAGUGACAUCAUCACACGCCGCUUCCUGCACGUCUGCGAGAGCACCGACGGAGCCGUGGCCGUCCACUGCAAGGCUGGUCUGGGCAGGACGGGCUCUCUGAUUGGCUGUUACCUGAUGAAACACUACCGCUUCACGGCAGGUGAGGCCAUCGCUUGGAUCCGGAUCUGCAGACCGGGCUCUGUGAUUGGACCACAGCAGCACUUCCUGGAAGAGAAGCAGGCAUCAAUGUGGUUGCUAGGAGACAGUCAGCGUUCCCAGAAGGCCAAACUGGAGGAGAGAGCAGUGUCUCACCUCAUCAGCAGCAUGGAUGACCUCACCUUUAACCCCGCCCACAAUUACAUAAACUCCGCCCACAACCGCAUCAGCAGGUCCUCCAGCUCCGACCACCUGCAGGAGGGUGAGACAGCAGACGGUCCGGCUCUGACUCAGGGAGACAAACUGAGAGCCUUAAAGAGCCGACGGCCCCCCCGACCAGCCACCACCGGAGCCCUCAGAGUGGAGGAGAUGAAGAUGCACAGCAGGUCGGCCUCGCAGCCGCUCAGGUUGUCGAUGGGGGCCGCUCAGGGUCCCGCCUCCCCCCUCAAGUCCUCCAAGUUCCCAGCAUCCUCUGCUUCUGCUGCAGCCAAGAGGAUCGGGAGAAGUCCGUCGUCAUCGGCGACCAACAUGAGGAGCUCCCCCCUCAGCUCCCGAUUGGCCAGCUCUCUCAGUGACCUGUAUGCCACUGACGUGGAGGAGGACCGAAAGACGCCGUUCGCCUCUCUUCCUCCCUCCUCGUCUUCCUCCCCCCUCAGCCCCGCCCCCUCCCCUCUGACCCCACCCUCUAUGUGUCGCUAUGGCAACGUCCCUCGCAGCAUGCAGCACGAGGUCAACAACAACAGUGGCCCGUACGGCGGCCGGCCGGGCCCUCAGGACUUCAGCCCGUACCGCGUCCCGGGGCCCUACAGCGCUCUGAACGGCCCGUCAGGACGCUACCUGAGCCGCUCCAUACCUUCUCUACAGUCUGACUUCAUCCAGUACUGACCGGUCCAGAGCCACGCUGUCCUCAACUACACUACCCACAAUCCCCUCCGCUCUUCACUCUCUGUAAAUAAUGACGUUGUGAGUUUGAA